AUGGAUACGGAAAAUAGUCCAAGUAAAGAUAAAUCAUCAUCUCUAUUGAUUGACGAAUAGAGAAUGUAACUAAACUUUACCGAAAAUCAGCCGUAGCGUUUAACAGGUUAAGAAGAAAAAUCAAAAUCAUUUGCCCCGAUGAGCAACAACCAGGAUAAUACUUAAACGAAGUAACAAAAUGAUUAAAAAAGAAAAAAGCGACUGAAAUGGGGUAUAAUAAUUGGAUUAAUCCUCAUCGCAGUUAUUCUUGCAAUAGUAUUACCGCUUACCCUUAUUAAAAAGGAUAGUGAUGACCCUACUCCACCACCACCUCCUCCUCCUCCUGACCCUUUCUCUUACAAAGAGUUUAACACUUUCCAAAUUCAAAAUGAUUCUCACUAUGAAUCCACUAUUUCCAGCAUAAAGUUUUCUUUAAAACAAAACCCACUUACUGAGAAGCACAGUUUUCAUAAAUUUUCCAUGGAGGAUGAAAACCAUUUGAACUAUGUAAAAUAGAAAAAGGCUAAAAGCUAGUAAGAAGUGAAAGACGGAUAAGGAUUUUAAGGAACUUUGUAUAAGCCAAUAAAUCCGAAAGAUGUACCCACAGAUGUGCCUAAUAAUAAGUUUACGACUGAGGCUUUAUUCUAAAUAGAUCUGAUGGAUAAUUACCAAGCGCGUAUUUUUAUUUCUGAUAAAGACCCUAACUCAAAUUACACAGUCAGUGAGAAGGUAUUUAAAAGACCAGUUAUAGCCAAGGAAGCCAGGCUUACUUAAGUUGGUUUUAACUAUAAUAUAUCUACUGAAGAAGGCUUUAACUUUGGAUUCAAAAAUAUAUAUAAUCAAGAAGACUUAUUAUACACAAAAAAUAGAAAAUUCUUCAUGUCUGAGAAAUUUUCAGAAAUCGGCUUUGUUCUACCAACUCAAAGAGUGUUCGGUAUUGGCUAAAGACAUGGCUCUUUCAUGCUGAAACAAGGCACAUAUACUCUAUGGUCAAAGGGUAGAGACAAUUCUUAUGAGUAUCAGCCAGAGGAUAAUGGCUUAGGGGGUUAAAGUGGUCCAGGAGUGCAUCCCUUUGUGCUCUGCUAGACUAAGAAUAAGGACUUUAUGGGUAUUUUCUUCUUGGCUACUACAAUGCAGACUUUUGAGAUUAUCCACUUUGAUGGCUAUGAUCAAACUGUUCUUAAUUACAUUUAGCUUGGAGGAUCAUUGGAGAUUUAUGUAUUUAUGAGAGGCACAGCUUAAGAAAUAAUCUAGAAAUAUCACACUAUGAUAGGCUUCUCAGCCAUGCCUCCUUACUAUGCUCUUGGCUUUUUCUAAGGCUCUGAAGGCUAUAGCAUUGAUCUCUGGCUUGCUGAUCAACCUCGAAACUAUGCCGCAAAUGAUUUGCCUCUUGAAGGCAUACAGGUUGAGCAGUACAAUGAUUAAAAGGAUCGAAUUUUCACUGUGAGCUAUGACUCUUUCAGAAGACUGCCUAACAUGACAAGAGAUUUACAUGCAACCAAUCAAAAGGUCAUUCUAGGAGUGUAUAACUAUGUAGCCAAACCUCAGUACGAAUAAUAUAGCAUAUUAGACAAAGCCAGAGAACUUGGCAUUCUUAUCAAAAGUGGAAAUGAUACUAGUAAAGGUAAAGACUUAUUCACGAGUCCCUAGAAGUAUAAGGAAGAUGGCUAUAUCCCUGAUAUGUUUCACCCUAAUAUCGUUGAGUUCUACUAGUUUGGUAUCAAGAACUUAGACACUGCAAUUGAGUAUGGCAUUGAUGGAUAUCUUCUUAAAUGGAACUCACUAUUUUCCUAGUAUACAGGUGAGAAGGCAGAUACCUAGAAAGCUGAAACAUCUGAAAAUAAAGAAACUAUCACUGAGUCAUCUUAAACUUAAUAAUCUUAAUUUCAUGACUUCAAGCAAACCACAUAUUAAUAGCCUUAAUCACAGCCACCUUAUUAAUAAGAAUAGGAAUCACAAUUUCUGCUGAGAUAAUUAGACUCUGCAGUCUAGAAUGAAGAGCAAGUGGGUUAAUUUGGUACAUAUCAAAUUGAUAAGGAUAACUAAUAGGCUUACUCAACUUACUAUCUACCCAUUAUCCCAGGUUUUCAAGGCAUGGGUUACCUAGACAAUCACAGUAUAUCACUUAAUGCCACUCACUAUGCAGAUUAAAAAGAUGCAGCUGGUGCAUCUUUGUUCAAUACUGAGUUCUAUUUACACAAUGUCAAUGGGCAUAUGCAGAUGAAGGUAAUGAGUGAUGUACUAUUAAACUAUCAAGAUUACUCGAAUUAUGGUAAAAGACCUUUGAUAUACAGCGAGAGUACCUUCCCUGGAUCUGGAUAGUAUGGAGGUACUUGGAUUGGGGAUAUCCCAGUGCUCUGGUCAAGUCUGAGAUUAGUGAUAGGCUAGGUGAUGAGCAUGAACAUGUUCGGUAUCUAGAAUGCAGUGGUAGAUGUAUGCGGUGACUCAGGUGAUCACCUAGACAAUGGUGAACUGUGUGCUAGAUGGGCUUAACUUGGAGUCUUUCUGCCUUUCGUCAGAGAUUACUUCAAUGGGCUUUACUUUAACUAUACAACUAACAAAACUGAAUCUGGAGGAAGUGGGGAACUUUACUACUUAAAGGAUGACUAUUUAAAGAUGGCAAGGUCUGCUUUAUAUAAUAGAUUGUAGUAUAAUAGAUACAUUUACAGCUAGGUCUACUUGUCUUAUCGCUAUGGAGGCAGUGUAGUCAGACCUCUUUUCUUUGAUUAUCCUGGAGAUGAUAACUGCUUUGAAGAUAUUGAGCACACUUACAUGCUUGGAGAUUCCAUCAAAGUCAGCCCAGUCCUUAAGCAAGGACUCAAGGAUGGUGAUGAAUACGAAGUUUACUUCCCUUAGGGACUCUGGCAUGACCUCAACGAUUAUAAAUCAGUGAUUGAUACUACCAAAGGUGGAUAGACUGUUAACCUCAAGUCUAGUCUUGCUUACACUAAUAUUCACUUGAAAGGAGGAAAGAUCAUUCCAUUCCAAUUAAACACCGGUAGCUACAAGACUACUAAGGACUUUGAAACUAAACUCAGAACUAGUUUUAUCAUUGCUAGAGAUCAGUCAUUGAAGUAUGCUGAAGGUUACGUGCUCAUUGAUGAUGGUAUUUCAUCAGCUAGCUAUGCUAUUAAAGAUGAUAACAGCCAAGACUUCACUUACUGGAAACUCAGAUACGCAGAGAAGAGCAUCAACUUCUGGGUGCAAGAAGGUGAUUUCUAGUACAAUCCACCUGCAGACUAUCAAAUUCAUCUCCUCGAGGAUAUCUAAAUCUUAAACGCUGAUGAUCUUUAGGAUUCUGAUUUCGCUUGUUACCUCGGAUUGAACCUUCAACCAAUAGCUCUAAAGAAACCAUACUAUAACCCAGCCACUAAAAUCUUAACAAUUAAGCCAACCAUUGAUCACCCAGACGUCAAAUUCAAUGAGAUCGGAUUUAUCAAGUUCGGUAAUUCUAAGAUUGAGCAAAACUUCUGCGAUACCAACACUUUCCAAUAUGACGGCACAAAAGGUACUUCAGAUGACCAAACCGUUACAUAUACUCUUGCUAGCAGAGGUGGUAGUAUGAUGAAGCCAUUGGUAGCUGUUUUCACAUUGAUGGACGACCAAGGAACCAUGAACGUUGAAAUAACAACUGAUGAGGAUUUCAAGUCAGGAAACAAGAUACUUUACAGACCACCAAAGGAUGCAGUAUUCAACCCAGAUAUGAGCAAUCUUUUCCCACCAAAGGAUAAGCUAACCAAGAAGAUCACAGACUUCAUUAAGUUCACUGAGAAGCCAUUCUCAUACGCCAUUUAUAAGAAUGCAGCUGAUGAGACUACUAAGCUAUGGAGAUCAGACCCCACAAAGUUCUACUUCUCUGACUUCUUUAUUCUUGACUCUGGUAUCUUCAACAUGAAUCCUGAUAACACAGCUCAACCCUUAAUAGGUAUGGGAGAGAGAGCUGGAAGUUUGUUCUACACUGACUAAAAUGGAGCCAUUCACUCAAGAAAGACAUUUGAUCAAGCUAAUCCAAUCGAUGAUGGUCUCCCACCUGGCAGAAAUAUGUACGGUUACUAACCACUCUAUGCAUUCUAAUCAAAUCUUAAGGAUACAAGAGAUUGGUUCGGAGUAUUUGAUCUUUCAUCAUAUGCCACUGACUAUAUUGUGUACACUGACAAUGGAAGUAAGGAGACUCAAAUCCAUAAGAUAGUUAUUGGUGGAGUCAUCAGUAAAUAUUUCUUCCAAGGAACUAAGCCAGAUGAUCUCAUUAAGACCUACUCUAAAUUAGUUGGAUUCCCAACUGUCCCACCUCUAUGGGCUUUUGGUUGGUAAUAAUGUAGAUUCGGUUACGUGACUGAUCAAGAUUGGAUUGAUGUUUACAACAAUUACACUAGUCCAGAUAUUGAUCUCCCUCUAGACACAAUGUGGGCAGAUAUUGAUUACAUGGACGAUUACAAAUUAUUUACUAUUUCUCAGCAAAGCUAUUCAAGACUCCCCAAGUUUGUUCAUUAAAUCAAGAAAGAUAACCGUAAGUUCGUACCAAUUAUGGACGCUGGAGUUGCAGUCAGGCUCAACCAAGGCUACAGAGCUCUUGAUAAGGGUAUAGAUAACGAUGUUUUCAUCAAGCAAGACAACCACAAGGACUACUUGACUGCUGGAGUGUGGUGUGGUAACGCCUACUUCCCAGACUUCUUCAAGCCAGAGACAGUUGCCUGGUGGAAAGAUAACUUUGAUGAUCUUCACACAACUCAAGAUUUAGACUUUGAUGGUAUUUGGCUAGACGAGAAUGAAGCUACUAAUUUCUGUAACGGAUACUGCAAGCCAGAAGAGAGACCAGACGAUUCAUAUAGAAACAAGCCAUUCUACGUUCCAGGAUGGAGAGAUCUCGAGGACAAGGCUCUUGGUGUUGACGGCUGGCACGAUUCUAUCUAAAGACGUGAGUAUGACGUUCACAAUCUAUUCCCACUUAUGUAAACCAAGGCCACUGCUGAGUAUCUAAUCGAAAAGAGAAACCUUAGGCCUUAUGUUCUGACAAGAUCAGACUUCCCAGGUAUUGGUAAAUAUGGUCAUCACUGGAUGGGAGAUAACUGGUCAGAUAUGAAAUAUAUGAAGCUCUCAGUAGAUGGUAUCUUCUCAUACAAUCUUUUCGCCUUACCUUUCAUGGGUUCAGAUAUCUGUGGUUUCAAUGGUGAUGCCACCAAUGAACUUUGUACCAGAUGGCAUAUUCUUGGAUCAUUAUAUCCAUUUGCCAGAAAUCAUAAUCAAAACGCAUCAAAGUCUCAAGAACCAUACAGAUUCAGUGAUCCAGUCAAACCAGGUCAGACAUUCCAGAAAUUCGAUAAAUAUUACGAUGUCAUCAGAAUGGCACUUGUUAACAGAUAUAACUUCGUUAAGUACUACUACACCUCUUUCUUCCAAAUGGCUAUUGAAGGUGGUUCAUUCUUCAAGCCAUUAUUCUAUGAGUACCCACUUGAUAUGAAAUCUUAUCUUGAUAUUAACUACAACAUUCUUUUGGGUGAUGCCUUGAAGCUUUCAAUGGAAACCGAUAAUCUCGACUUCAUGACUAAGAAAUCAACCAGAGAUUAUUACUUCCCAUAGGGAAGAUGGUGUCAAGUUUUACCACCAGUUGCUAACCCUACUACUGACUGUUUCGACUCACCAGGCGGUGACAAGGGUGUUAUUAAUCUUGAGACCAAGCUUGAAAGCUACUGGAUUCAUUUAAGAAACGGAUAUAUGAUCCCAUACUAAGAUGCUACCCUUAACAAAGUCAGAAAGACCUUUGACCUUCAAAAUUUCUACACCGACAUUUACGCUCUUCCAGUUUCAGAUAACGUACCAAUGACUCUAUCCUCAACUGUGAGCGCAGUUGCUAGAGGUUAACUUAUUUUCGAUGAUGGCAUCAGCUAAAUCAAUGAUGAUAAGAAUCCACAUGCCAGAUUUGAGUUCUACAUGAUUGCAAGUGCUGAUAAGAAGACUUUCUAGAUUACAAUCACUAAUACUGGCAAAGCUGUAAAAGGCGCUACUCCUUCUAAUCAAGAAACCCUUGGAGAUGUCUACAUUCUAUGGGCUGCAAAAUCAGGUGUCGCUGGUAUCAAGACUGCCACUAUCAAUACUGCUGAUGGUAAAUCAGCAAAAGUCACAGUUUCAAUAGACCCAACUUCAAACACCCUUAGAAUUCCAGUAAGCAAUGCUGACACCAAGUAUCUUCUAUGGGAUAUCAAGAGCAUUGAUCUUGCAUGA